AUGUGCUUUUGGUGGCUUAUUUUUUUUUUUCAGCCUGCAAACACUCCAUUCCUAAUAUGCCUAUGAAUGCUUAUGUGUGUAUGGACACAUAGGCUAAUGUAGAGGUCAUGGGCGGCCCCCGGGCAAUAAGGGAUCAUGGGGCCCCUGUGUCCUCGCCCACACUCAAACCACACCCAAAAAAGCCUAUGAAAGGUACCAGGGGCAUCUCAUGGGGCCCCCUACUGACCCCGGGCCCUCGGGCAGUGCCCGAGUUUCCAAAU